UUUGGGCGUGACGGCGGCCGCUCUCCCCACAGACGACAUCGCGAGCGAGCAAAGGAGAGCAAAGAGAAGAAGCAGCCUCGAAGAGGCGAUGGAAGGUAAAGGCCGCGACGUCCCGCCGGCUCCGGCGAAUUCCGAGGCCGCGCCAGCGGUGGCGGUGGCGGAAACCCUAGUCGAAGGGCCUCGAAGGAGAGCCGGCGCUGCCAAGAGGAAGGCCUCCACCACGUCCUCCUCCUCCGCCGGUCCUUCGAAGCGCCACGCCAAGGAGCGGAACCCUCUCCAUCACCUUCCCCCCGUCCACAACGGCCCCUGCACCCGAGCCCGCCAGUCCCCCAACAAGGUCGUCGCUGCCGUCCAGAGGACUACGGAGACAUCGCGGCUGGCGGAUUCCGGGGGAAAGGGCGGGUCCGCCGCGGCAGAUCCAGCCGAGGCGGAGGUGGAGGAGCUGGUCGAGGAGCCCCUCGUGGAUGUGGACUUCGAUUUGGUUCGAUCCCGUGGCGCCAAUGUGCAUGCCGUCCCUACUCCUGCUGGAUGGUUUUCAUGGAAGAGGAUCCAUCCAAUCGAGAAUCAGAUGCUGGCUUCAUUUUUCAACGGGAAGUCUGAGAAUCGGACACCUGAGAUAUACAUGGAGAUAAGGAAUUCCAUCAUGAAGAAGUUUCACGCUGACCCACAGACACAAGUGGAACUUAAGGAUUUUUCUGACUUAUCUGCUGGAGAUAUGGAUGCGAGGCAAGAAGUAAUGGAGUUCUUGGAUCACUGGGGUUUGAUUAAUUUCCAUCCUUUCCCACCAUCCAAACCUGAUGUGGCCAACUCUGAUGCUGAUAGUGGAGCUAAAACACCAUCCUUGGUUGAUAAACUGUAUCAAUUCGAGACAGUUAAUUCAUUCCCUCGCUAUGUUCCCAAGAAAGCAGAGCUGUCUGUACCCGCUGCAACACCUUGUUUGCUUCCUGAAUCUGCCCUAGCUGAUGAUUUGAUUAGGCCUGUCGGACCUUCAGUUGAGUACCAUUGCAACUCUUGUGCAGCUGAUUGCUCCCGCAAGCGCUACCAUUGCCAGAAACAGGCAGAUUUUGAUUUAUGCGCUGAUUGCUACAAUGAUGGGAAAUUUGGUUCAGGCAUGGCACCAGGUGAUUUCAUUCUUAUGGAUUCUGUGGAGGUUGCUGGUGCUAGUGGUGGGAGUUGGACAGAUCAGGAAACCCUGCUUCUUCUAGAAGCCUUAGAACUUUUCGGGGAAAACUGGAAUGAGAUUGCUGAACAUGUUGCCACAAAAACCAAAGCUCAAUGCAUCUUGCACUUUCUUCAAAUGCCCAUCGAGGAUUCCUUUUUGGAAGGCGAAGACGAUGCUAGAAACAAUAUCCAGGAGAAUAGGGACCACACUUCAGCAGAUAAAGAAUUGGCUGCUGUAAAUGUUCCUGAACCAAUGGAAGAUGAAAAUGCUGAAGCAAAAGACUCAGCUGCUGUAAAUGUUCCUGGCACGGCAGAAGCUGAAAAUACAGGUGCAAAAAAAGAAUCAACUGCUGCACAUGUUUCCAGAACAACAGAAGCUGAGAAUGCUGUAGUUAAAGAGGAAUCGGCUGCCAUAGAUGAUCUUGAAACAAAGGAAGUUGAAAAUGCAGGUGAUGCCGAUCAAGCUAUAACUUCUGCAACAAAUGCUACGGAGAAAAAAAGUACUGUUGACGUUGAGAUUUCUUAUGAAACUGGUGUCAGCAUUGCUCUCGAUGCACUGAAGACAGCAUUUCAUGCUGUUGGUUACUUUCCUGAAGAAGGAGGAUUAGGCUCAUUUGCAGAAGCAGGAAACCCAGUCAUGGCACUGGCGGCAUUCUUAGUAGGUCUGGUGGAACAUGAUGUUGCUACGACCUCAUGCCGCAGUUCCUUGAAAGCCAUGUCAGAGGAGUCUCCUGGCAUCCAGCUUGCCACAAGGCAUUGUUUUAUUCUUGAAGAUCCACCAAAUGAUAGAAAGGAUUCACCAGCUUGUGCAAGUGUUGUUGCUGACAUGGUUCACGAGGAGUCUCAUAAAGAUGUGAGCCAGACACCCAAUUUGGAAGGUGCUGAUAAAUCGAAUGAUUGCACUGACAAGAAUGAGGAGAAUGCUGUUUCUCUGGAGAAUGAAAAGAACUUGUCCAUUGCAUCACAAGAUUGCUCGCAGAAACAACCUGAUGCAAAGGAAUCGUGUGAUGUAGUUUUCCCAUCAGAGAAAGCCCCUAGCACUAUUAAGGAUUCUGCUGAUCGAGCUUCGUCAGGGGAGCCGAUUAUGUCUAGUGCUCCAAAGGAUGCAAGUGAUUCUGUUUUGCCUGUAGUCUCUUCACCAAAUAAUACAAAAGAACCAGGAGAUUUAGCUUCACCAGGAGAGAAGUCACCAAGUGCAGAGAAGAAAAUAGAUGAUUUAAAGUCUUCAGAGGACAAACCUAGUAUUAUGAAGGAGACAGGUGACGUAGCCUCACCAGACAAGGUCGAACAACAGUCAGAUACACUGAAGGCUUCAGAUAUGAAGGCUAUUUCAGCUGGUCUGGAAGAACAGGAGCCGCAGCAAACAACUGGAAAUGGUUCAGCAGUCGAAAUUGUGGAGAAAACAGAUGAGAGUAAUAAAAAAGAAUCUCCAAGCAAUGAUGAGAAGAAUUGUGACUCAACUGCAGCAAAUGAUGAUCAUAACAUAGACAGGUUAAAACGUGCUGCCGUUACAGCACUUUCAGCUGCAGCUGUGAAAGCUAGGCUUCUUGCCAAGCAGGAGGAAGACCAUAUUCGGCAGCUCGUCUCCCUGGUUAUUGAGAAGCAGUUGCAAAAGUUGGAGGCUAAAUUGACGCUAUUUGCUGACAUUGAAAGUGUCAUCAUGAGGGUGAGGGAACAAACAGACAGAGCAAGACAGAGACUUCUCCAUGAGCGUUCUCAAAUAAUUGCAGCUCGACUGGGCCUGCCGACAUCCUCGUUCAGAGCAAAUCCACCUUCCCUACCAACAAGCAGACUUGCAAUGGGCUAUGGUACUGCUGGUCCAAGGCCCCUUAACAUGGCUGCUCAAAAACCACCACCUAUGAGAAGGCCGUGAGGUUUGGCCAAUCAAGAUGUUCCUUUCAUGAUACCAUGCAUCGAGUCAUUUUUUAAGCACAUCAGAAGCAUCGGGAUGUGUUAUUGCUCUUGGUAUUCCGCUUUUGCAAAUGUACCAUACUGCUCCCUGCAGUAAUUUUACAUUAAUUUUCAGGUUUUGGCAUCAUCAAUGUAUGAUGGGCUAAUUGGUGUUGAGGUGGUAUUCUUCUGCAUUUGUGAGCUUAACAUAUCCUGUACUCUUUGGGGGAAGCCUACUUUAUUUUGUCGAGGUGUUCCUUGUGUCCUAAGAUCCUUGUAUACAGCACAUUUUCAUCGGAUUCUUAGUGCAUUCACCUGAAGAUCUGAAUGUUCUCGUAUGUGCUGUUAUUAUCUGACUUUCACCAUGUAAGCAUUUAUUUUUAAUAGUGGAAAAUCGUUGAAGGACUAUGUGCAA